CCGGCUUAGAGUUGGGCAAGUUAUUUGACAGACGACCCAAUUAAAAAUUGGAGGUGUAAACAAUUGAGAAAAAUAUAAAUCAUGGAUAAGUUGAAAGUUUGCAAAAUACCCAUGCAUGUUCCAAACAUGGACGAAGUUCAAAAAGUUUUGCAGGAAGGACUUUCCAAAAACUUUGCCAGCGUGCAUGUAUCAAUUGUGGAGUGUCCUGACCUCACAUCAGCGCCGUUCAACCUGUCAGCACCAGGUCUGUGUGGCAAUGCUAAACUUGUAGACAUCGGCGGUCCACCCUUUCUCUUUCCAUACGCCCAGCGGGACAAGGUGUAUUCCUUUCGGCACAUAGCUGAUAUGUGUGAUAGCAAGGAGCCGUUCAUGCUUGGAGCAGGGGCUGGUCCUGCUCAUGUGCUCGGUGUCAACUCUGAGAUGAUGAACACAAUCAAACUUGAACCAAAUGGAAAGUCUGUCAACAGAGGAUAUGUGGCUAAGAUAGACAAAAUUACAAAUGCCUGUCAGUUGCAGCCAAUGCCCUGUGAUGAGUUCAAUCUAAUGGGCAACUUCUUGGUCUGUGAUGGCUUGCCUGGCCAGGUCUUUGAGGUCAAAGCUAGCACAAGGAUUGGAGAGGAAGAUUUCAGUCGCUGCUUGAAGAACAGCCUGAAACGAUAUUAUGGAGAGAAGCCUGUUGCCCUUGGUGGAGUGUUUCUCAUUGAGCAGGGAAAGGCUAACAUUCACAUUAUGUCUGAUUUUUCAGAGAGUCCAAUCACCAGUGAGGAGCAGGUAAAUCAAUGGCUAAAGUUCUUCGAGAUGGGAUCAACACUGGUCUGUCUUGGGGAGCUGGUUAGCCAUGAUCCGGGUUAUGACCUGCGAGAUGAGCAUUUCCACUGCUUCAAUGACCAAGGGGAAGGCGGCCACUACCAUUAUGACACGACUCCUCAGUCUGUACAGUACCGUGGCUACUUUGUGAUGGCUCAUGAUGUGUAUCGUAUUGAUCAGCCAGCUCAUAAGCUAGUGUGGUAAAACCAUCAAGGACAUCAGUUUAUGUGCGCCUCAGCCAAAGGAACAAACAAAAUUAUUUGUAUUAUCGUGCAAUUGAUUGGACCAUUCCAAUGCUUAAAGAUGGACUUUACACUGCUGAGCUCACUUCAACACAUAAUAUGAAUGUUUAGGUGUUGCAAUCUUUUUUUGUCUUCCGCUGUAAGCCAUUUAAGCUAUUGAUACAUUAAUGAUACUGUAGUCACAUAUGAAGUGUGAAAUGUCUGUAGCAUUUAGUAUUUAGUGGAUUAGCUGUCCAUAAUACCUUGUUAAUACAUUUACAUUAGCUCAUAGCUUCUUGUAAAUGCUCUUCUGUAUACUUCCUCUGUAUUAUCCCGCUUUUAUCUAAGCUUUAAAGUGGGUCUUCUAAAGCAAAGCAUCAAGUUCACAUCAAUGAGAAGGUCAGAGUAAAUAAAAAGCUUUUGAACACUCUUGAAGUCAUAAUUAUACUAAAAAAACUCUUUAAACAUAAAACAUAAGUAUUCCAACAAUAUCGGAAGGAGCGGGUAUCAAAGUCUGAUAAUUAUAUUGUAUCAAACAAACUUCUUAAUAGAUAUAGAACUUGGUAGAUACCAUUCAAGCUCACAUGAGUGACCUGUGACUCGUAUAGUCAGCCAGGAUAUUUGUAUAGGUCCCCGAGUCAGAGCUUUCUCUAGCUUUUAACAGUUGGAAGCACUGACUUUUAUGGAUUGAAUUUUGCAAGUCUCAGCCAUAAAAUAUAUUACCGUAGUCUUACAUUUAUUUCAGUAGUCUACAGCAGACGUUGGAACUAUAAAAUGCAAGUUUGUUUUUCUGUAUAUAAUUAUUUUAUACAACAGAUAGGAAUGAUAAUAUUGUAUUUAUAUACAUGUAUUAUACCAAUUCACCAAUUCAAUGACUCGUAUCAUAAUAAAAAAUAAAACACAA